AUGGAGAGUGCUUUAGAGAUUUUCACCCACAUGCUCCUGAGGAACUGGAAGACCACAGGAGUAGAAUAUGGAACCUGAUCCUACAUCUCUGAAACAAGCAUGGAUCAAACCCAGGACCAGCCCAGCUUCUCUCCACUGCUUUGGGAGAAACUCAACGACUCAAUGAGUUUCCGCAUCACUACAAUGCUGACUUCUUCCAUCAGCUCCCCUACUGCUCCACUCUACCCUCUCCCCACACUGCGGCCCUCCUCCCUUUCUCCACACACCCCCUUUAUCUCAUUCCCUCUUUUUUUCCCAACAUCCUCCUCAGCCAUCAAUGAAUCCAUCAACGUCUCCUCCUUUCCCUUUUCCCUCUCUAACAUCUCAUACACUGAUUUGAAGGACUUGGAGAGUAUGCUUCUGUGGACCCUCCAUGAACCCAGCACCAUCGCCCUGACCAUCAUGUACUGUUUGUCGUUCAUCUUGGGAUUUAUUGGGAAUUUGAUGUCCCUACGAGUUCUGACCAGCAGGCACAGUCAGCGGCUCGCAGGUGUCAGUGCCACAAGGAGUCUCCUGGUGAAUCUGGCUGUGUGUGACCUAGCUGUGGUGUGCGUAUGCAUGCCCAUCACUCUGGGGAACAAAAUCUACACUGCCUGGGUGUACGGUGACCUCCUGUGCCGUGCCGUGCCCUUUACACAGGCCGUCUCAGUGUCUGCCAGUGUGCUGACGCUGACAGUGAUCAGCGUGAACCGCUACUACAGCGUUCAAUCUCCUCUAAAAGCUCGGUCCAUGUUUACACGCCGGAGGAUCUUGGUGACAGUCUCCGUGGUGUGGAUAUUGUCGUCAAUGAUGUGUGCCCCAAUAGCGGUGAUGAACCGUCGGCGAGAGCUCAGCUUUGAGACUUUCACCAUCUUGGUGUGCCAGGAGGAAUGGCCCCAGCUUCGCCUUAAGCAGGGGUACAACGUCCUGCUGUUUGUGAUGCUUUACUGUUUGCCAGUAACGUUUAACCUCACCAUCAGCUUCCUCACGGGGAGACGACUUUGGGGAGGAAGGAAAUCCACUUUCUCUGAUCUGGAUCCUCGCAGCCAAGCUCUUCACACCUCCCGACUAAAGACUAGGCAGAAGAUUGCCAAGAUGGUGGUAUGUCUGGUGCUUCUAUUUGCACUUUCCUGGCUGCCACUUUAUUUGGCUGAUCUUUUCAUUGACUGCGAACAGAGGCCUUCUUCUUGGCUCCUGCAGACACGUCCCUUUGCUCAGUGGUUGGGCUUAACAAACUCCAGCCUUAACCCCAUCUGUUACUGUUUCAUAGGAGAUCUGUAUCGUUCUGCGAAGGUCAUACGGACACGAUACUACCAGAAAGUGGCUGCUGUCUUCAAUAAUUCAUCAUUCUCGAGCUCAGCUGCUGUUGUUGCUCCUUCAACCAAGAUUAAAGAGAGCAAGGUGUCUGCUGCAGAGUGCCACCGCAUAGCUGCUGCUGUGGCAGCUUCUGCAUCUGUGGUCACAAUCCCUGGCCUGCUGGGCUUAGCCAGACAUAAGGGACUAAGGCAAGAGGUCAGAGUGAUAUCAGACAGCCAAAGAGCAUCUGACCAAAGCAUCUCAGACUGGUGUCAAUCUAAUCCCAGUGUAUACGAUAGCUCUUUAUUUCCCUGCCAGCUUCACUCACUUCAGCAUUCCUCACAAAAGGCGGAUAUCCUUCCAGCGAGACGACACUCUACAAAUGUGGUAUCAUUACCUCCUCAAAGUGAACCUGUAGAGAUGGAUUUGCUACCACUGAGGAGGAAUUCGGAGGAAGGAAUUUAUUGUCUGGAAGCCAACAAGAGGGAUCUCAGUACCCUCAACCAGGGCACUUUUUACUUUGUGGGACAGCACAGAAGCACUGCAUCAAAAAAACACUUCCUGGGGGGAAACGUGGAGAAUGAAACAACAAAUAUUACGAGCCUAUGAAGGUUGGAGUUUAUCGGAUCUAUCAAUGGAGAGGAAUUUCCUCCUUUUGUCCUGCAGGGAAUAAAAACACAUUGUUUGGUGCACAGCUUGCACCUGACAGAAUGUAGAAAAAACAUUGGAAAACAAACUGUCUUGUGGAACAGCGAGCCAAGUCUCUACUCUCAUUCUUUCUACAUCUGGUUGUAUUUUGGGCUUUGGAAAGAAAGCGGAUGGAGCAGCGAUGUGUUAACCUCUGCAGGAGGGAAAGCUGGAAUGGUAUUUAUUUAGUUAUCAGUAAGAGAGACAGAUUGGUGCAGUGUGCCAUAAAGUUUAACUCAUAUUAUAGUCACAGCAGUUUCUGUCAUCUGCUUGAGACUAUAAAACAGCAGGGUUUAAAGUUUAAUGAGCUUUUGUAAAGAUUUGCUUUGUCUCUCAUUAAAUGCUAAUAGUUCUGACUGCAUUUGUUGCUCACAGAAAAUAUAAACCCUUUUCUUAUUGUGCAAUAUUGAAAUAUACUGCAUGCAAAUAUCUGAUGGGGUUUAUCCAUCUCAUUCAAUGUCUGAUACAAAAUCUAAUAAUGUCGCAAAAGGUUUCAGUCACGAACUGAAAGACGUUAAGCACUCUUACCCCAUUAAUUGCGGCUCUUGGGAACUAUUGAAUAAAACUGACCUAU